UGAGCAAACGAAGAAAAUAAAACUAAGAAGCAUUAAAUUAUCUGAUAUACACUCUCAGUGCCCACCGACGCUCUUAAGUGACGACCCCUCUGGUUGCGAAUCGCAAAGCAGCAGAGCUCCGUAGGACAACAAUGGUGGCCAACCACCAUAGAUUUUGCAGUCCGAAAGCAUUGAAGCUAACAUCAGGGUUUAUCGCUCUCUCCAUUGCUGCCUACAUCGUAGGACCUCCACUCUAUUGGCAGUUCCUGGAAGGCUCCGCACCCGUUUCUCUCUCCUCUUCAACGUCGUCUUCUUUAAACUCCGUUUCUUGUCCUCCUUGCUCCUGUAAUUGCGAUUCUCCGCCUCUGAUUACUAUUCCCGAUGGGUUGAGCAAUAUUUCCUUUACAGAUUGUUCAAAGCAUGAUCCAGGGGUCAGUGAAGACACUGAAAAGAAUUUUGCUGAACUACUAGCUGAGGAACUGAAAUUACGAGAAGCUGAAGCUGCAGAAAAUCAAAAGCGUGCUGACAUGGCUUUACUGGAAGCUAAGAAGGUCACUUCUCAGUAUCAAAAGGAGGCGGACAAGUGUAAUUCAGGGAUGGAAACCUGUGAGGAAGCCAGGGAGAAAGCUGAAGCAGCUUUGGUGUCGCAGAAGAAAAUGACUGCAAUUUGGGAACAACGGGCUUUCCAGAAAGGAUGGAAGGAUGGGGUUACUAAAAGCGGUGCUCAGUUGCAGGGAAAUGUUCAGUCUGUGUAGUGUACUACAUGUAGUUAUUUUGAAAACUUACACCUGAACCUUCUAUCACAAAUACUGAUUUUCAGGCAAAGUGCUCAUUCAGGCUGCGUGACCCCCAAAAUCUGCGAGCUGCUUGUUGUUUACUGUCACUUUCCAUUGAAAACCCGUUGCGGAGCUUGGAUGGUGGUCUAUACACGUUCAUCAUAACAAGAUGUGCAUUGAUUUGCUUACUUCAAAUUUAAUCUUUAACACAAGAGCUGAUUGACUUAGCAAGGUGUGUUUCCAAAUAUUUUCAGAAGGGGUUCCGUUACCUUUUAUUUUAGGAAUAUUAGUUUUUGUUACUAGUGCUAGAAAUAUGUUUUAGGGAAAUUCUCAACCGUAAGUUUUUCUUUUUGUUUGGGAAUUCUUAAUGAUAAAAGAUUGGUAAGCCUGUGUUUUGUCUGCUUAUGUGGUAAAUGGAACAAAAAAGUUAUUUAUUACGAACAAUCGUGUGUUAUUGUUGAAACUUGCUCCAUGACGUUAUACAAAUACUUUCUCAUUU